AUCUGCCGGCCCUCGGGCCGCAUCUCCGACGCCGCAUGCGACUUUGAGACCGUCGAGGCGUCGCUCAACACGCCCGCGUUCUUCAGCACCCUCGAGCAGCUCGUCGCCACGCGCUACUUCCGCUACUACAAGGUGGACCUCUUCAGAGACUGUCCCUUCUGGAACGAGAAUGGCCUCUGCAUGAACCGCGCCUGCGGCGUCGAGACGGUCGGCGAGACGGACGUUCCCGACGAGCUGCGCGUCUCUCGUCUCUCGUCACUCGACACGACUGAUGCGUCCGAAGUCUUCCCACCGUCCUCCUCCUCUUCCGACGCCGGCGGGGCAUGCGGCUGUCGUGAGAGCGACUACUGUCACUGGGAAGACGAGGAGACGUCGCAGGAGGCGGCAUGGGUCGAUCUGACGCAGAACCCCGAGCGUUUCACGGGCUAUGCCGGUGCCUCGGCCAGUCGCGUCUGGCGAAGCAUCUACGAGGAAAACUGCUUUGGGGCAGUGGGCGCCGGUGCUUCCUUGCUUUCGUCCAGCGCAGAAGGCUUCGUCUCUCGCAAGGAGCUUCGCUCGAGAGGGCUGCCAAACCUCAUGGCCUCCCUAGCCUCUCCACCCGACGCAGGAGCCUCGGAGCAAUGCCUCGAGAAGCGCGUCUUCUACCGCAUCGUCUCGGGCUUGCACGCCAGUAUCUCCGUCCACAUUUGCGCCGAAUACCUGCAAGCCGACGGCGUCACAUGGGCGCCCAACCUGCAAUGCUUCCUCACGCGCAUCGCUCAGCACCCGGAACGCCUGCAGAAUGUCUACUUCAACUACGUCCUUCUUCUCCGCGCACUGGCUCGUGCGGGAGACUACAUCGACGCCUUUGUCCUUCGUCCCGGCGACGCAAUAGCCGAUGCCUCGACGCGCGACCUGCUCUCCUCGCUCGUGCAGCAGGCGCGUGCAAGUCCGCCGAGCUUCGAUGAACGCACCAUGUUCCACGGCGCCGAUGCGCGCGAGCUGCAGGAGGAGUUCAAGACGCGCUUCCGAAACGUCUCGCGCAUAAUGGACUGUGUCGGAUGCGACAAGUGUAGACUGUGGGGCAAGCUGCAGGUCAAUGGUCUUGGAACGGCGUUGAAGAUUCUGUUUGGACAUCGCGUGGAGGACCCGAAGCGCAACCCGCAAUUGCUGCAGCGUAGUGAACUCGUAGCGCUCAUCAACACAGUCCAUCGAUUCGCCGAGAGCCUCCGAGCCGUCGGGACGUUCCGUGAGCUGUAUCAG